UGGCUUUCUUAAAAUAAUUUUUUAUAGGUAUUCUAGAAUGACAUUUUCAAAUCCUUCAACUUCAAAUCCAUCUCUUCUUCUGCCUUUUGAGUUAAUAGAUAAAUGUAUUGGUUCUAAAAUACACAUCAUUAUGAAAACAGAUCGAGAAAUUGUGGGCACAUUUCUUGGUUUUGAUGAUUUUGUAAAUGUUGUCUUGGAAGAUGUUACAGAGUUUGAAAACACACCCGAGGGACGUAGAAUUACAAAACUUGAUCAAAUAUUAUUAAAUGGGAACAACAUUACCAUGUUAGUACCUGGUGGACAAGGUCCUGAAAUUUAAAACAUAAAUCCAUGAACAGAUCUAUUAGAACUUAUAGUUUCUAUUUUCUAAAAUUUUCACUUUAAAUUAAGUGAAUCAAGACUGAUAAACAUUGUGUUCUAGAAUAAAUAAAUAAUUUUUUAUGCGGGACAGUUUGAAAAUACAUGUUUAAAUUAAUAA